AUGAAUAAUAAAAUAAUUGAUUAUAUUUCAGGAGCAAAAGUAAACGCUACUCCGGAAGAAAUAGAAGCCGUUCAACCAUUAGCCCAAGAAUUAGUAGAAGUUUAUGGCUACAAUAAAAACGAAAUAAAAACUCAUCCUCAGUUCCGUAUCUCCCUUUCUCCUUCUGAUGAAAAGAAAAGUUAUCCAGUUGACAUUGCAGUUUUCGAAGAUAAAAAUUUGAAGAUAAUUUGCGAGUGUAAAAAGAUAUCAUCACAGGAAGAAGAAACUCAUCCUCGUUAUGAGGAAUUAAAGCCUCGCGAAAAUCUAAAAAGUGUUUUUUAUCAAAUUAAAAAAAACCUCCAAAAAACGGUUAUUGGUAGCACUAACGAACCUGAUAUAGCCAAAAAUGUUCUAAAAAUUUUGUUUUGCAAAAUUUUUGAUGAAAGAUAUCAAAGUGAAAGUGGAUUUGUGAAUUUCUAUGCUAAUGAUGGUAAUUUUCGGGAGAGUUCUGAAAAAGUUCGAAUAAUUUUUGCUAAGGUUAAAAACAAGUUUGAAGAUGUUUUUGACAAAUCGGAGGAAAUUAAAAUGGAUGAUAAAAUAUUUAUCGGCACUGCCUUAAAAGGAGAACACGGACAAUUUUUUACUCCGCGAAAUGUGGUGCGAUUUGUGAUUAAUUUUUUGGAUGUAAACGAAACCCAGAAAAUAAUUGAUCCGGCUUGCGGAACAGGCGGCUUUAUUGUUGAAUCUUUACGAUAUAAAAUUGCAGUGGCGAGAAAAAAUAUUUUUGGUUGUGAUAAAGAUAGUUUUUUAGCCCAAGCCUGUAAAGCCUAUAUGUGUAUUCUUGGAGAUGGAAGUUCUAAUAUUUGGAAUGAAGACAGUUUGGCAAAGUUUACUGAUAACUGGAAAGAAAAAUAUGAAAUUGUGGUUACUAAUCCACCUUUUGGAAAAACAAUUGCGGUUGAAGACGAAAAAAUUUUAAAAAAUUUCUCUUUUUGGCGUAAAGAAAAAGACAAAGCGAUACAACCUCAGAUAUUAUUUCUGGAAUUAUGCCUACGACUACUGAAAAAAAAUGGUAAAUUAGCUAUUGUUCUCCCCGAAGGAAUUUUCGGCAACGAAAGUGAAAAUUAUAGAAAAAUUAGAGAAUUUUUGUUAGAAAAUUAUAAUUUAUUAGCAAUAUUUAAUAUUCCGCAAGAAACUUUUGAACCAUUUACAGGAAAUAAAAGUUCUAUUUUGAUUUUAGAGAAUAAAAAUUAUGAUGAAGAGAGUAAAGUUAUCUUUGCUAACAUUCAAAAAAUAGGACAUAAUAAAAGAGGCGACACGCUAUACAGAUACAAUAAUAAUGGCGUUCCCUUAAAAGACGAACAAGGAAAUUUUGUUGUCAAUGAUGAAUUAAGUGAUAUUCUUUUAGAAAGCAAGAAAAUCAAUCUUCCUCACUAUACACAAACUAACAAAGAAAAUAAAGUUUUUUAUGUAUUAGCCAAAGAGAUAAAAGAAACCCGGAAUCUUUUCCUAAUUCCUACUUACUAUAAUGGAUUUUUAAAAUUAUUGAGUGAACUAAAAGCAAAUAAAAAAGAGGAAGGUUUUUUUAUAAGCAUUGGAGAACUUAUUGAAAAAAACAUAUUAUUCACUAAUAAAAAUAAAAACAUUCCCCGCGGUAAAGCAGUCGACAGUCAUUUUUACUUGCCUUACCAAGAAGGGUUGGUUCCUUUCAUUAGAACUUCGGACAUUCAAAAUUUAGAAAUGACAAGGAGACCACAAAACGGUUGUCCGCCCUAUCAACAAGUUCUCUCCCAUGGGUUCGUAGUGGACGAAAAAGGAUAUAAAAUGUCUAAGUCUUUGGGUAAUGUUAUUGACCCCGAAGAACUUAUUAAAAAAUUCGGAGUUGAUAUUUUGCGCAAUUUAGCCAAUUUACCACCGGAAUUGAAAAGUGAAAAAGAUUUUGAAAAAGAAUUAAGUUUAGUAGACUAUUAUAUUCUUCUCCAAUUAGAAAAGUUAACCAUAGAAAGCCAAAAAAAAUAUAGCGAAUACAAUUUUAACCCUAUUUUUUCUUCUUUAAUGAAUUUUUGUAUUAAUGAUUUAAGUUCUUUUUAUUUUGAAAUUAGCAAGGACAGUUUAUAUUGCGACAGUUUAAAUUCACCGCGGAGAAAACAAAUUAUCACCACCCUUUAUUAUUUGUUAGCAGGAUUAUUAAAAAUUAUUUCUCCUAUGUUGCCUUUUUUGGCGGAGGAAGUUUAUCAAAAUAUUCCCUUCCAGUUCGGAAUUUCAAACCAAGCAAGCGUUCAUUUAGUAAAUCAUUUUCCUAAUUUUCAACUUUCUCCGGAGAAAGAAAAGGAACUGGGAUUAAUUACUGAUUUUUUUCUCCCCUUACGGCAAGACGCUUACCAAGCCUUAGAAAAAGCCCGCCAAAAAAAAAUUAUCACCACUAAUUUACAAGCCAAUUUGACAAUUUAUUUGAAAGAGGAAAAGGAAUGA